UACGCGAACUGCGUGUCACUGUGAGCGGAAGUGAACAGUGACCAAGAAUAAUUUCCACGUUAUCGUUUUAAUUGUUAUAUAGACGCGUAUUAACACACUGGAACUCAAAAUAUUAAUAAUUUAACUGCACAAUAUCACAUACUUAUCUCAGAUAUUCUUUAAUUCGUGUUGGAGACAGGACUUGGUUGAUAGUUAUCUAAUAGGUAAUGCUAUAUAGCUGUUAGCUAACAAUGGCUAACUGUAUGGUUUUUCACACUCAAAUAGCCUCCAUCAUGGAGGUGUUAGCGAAUGCAGCAGUGACAGAGAUCUGUAAACUCGUUGACGACGACUAUGCAGUUCUUCGUUUGGAAAUUUCGCAAAGCCAGAAAGAAAACAGGGGAUUGCGGAGGAAACAACAACUAUUGGAACUGAAGGUGGCACGGGACCGUGCAGAUAGGACAAUGAGAGAGCGCGUCCUCGCCAGUCGUCCCAGUAGUGUCAAGAUCCUCGACCGAUACAGAGGCAUGGCAAGAGGUGAAGGACAUCUCACUGGAGGCCACAGGAGCUUUGUGAAGCCAGCAGGACACAAUACAUGGAGAGAUGACCAACCAAUCACUGUUGAUGAGAGGAGUGGAACCUCACCACAGCACGUUAUUGUGAUAGAGUCUGGAGAUGCAGAGGCAGCAGGUCCUGGGGUCAAGCAGGAAAGGACUGAAGGAAAGGACCCAAGACACAACAGAGACAUCCAGACUGGAGCAUCGGCUGGAGUAGCGCCCCCUGUAGCCACGGAGGACCUCCCCAACGCCGUCGCCCCACAGGCCAGGCCCCGACGCAGCAUCACGGAGGAGGAGGAGGGUCCAGAGGUGCUGCUGGUGAAGGAGGAGGGGUGUGAGGAGGUUCUGGGGAACCCUGAGGGGACCAUGAUCACGGAGGACAACCAGACUACACCUCCUCCUGAACCCACAGAGGAACCAGCUGAGCAGCACAGGACUACACACAAUCUCACUGAGUCAGUAGACAUGGAGGAUGGGAAGAUUGAUCUGCUGGUAGUCAAAGAGGAGACAAUAGAAGACGAACCAGAGAGCAUUGAUCUGCUGAGUGGACUAAAGAUGGGGGAGCAAGGUGGUUGGCUGGAGGCUAAAAGAGGAGACUGGGAAGCCAUCUUGGAUUCCCAGACCCAGACGGGUGCAGCCAAGAGCCCAGGGGACAACGUCAUUGAGCAAGGCAGGACCAAAGGCGACAUAGUGGAGUCUAUAGUCCAUGAGGACCUGCUGAUAUCCAGUGUUGAUGGCGGGAGAGACUGGACCUCUGAAGCAGCUGGUCACAAACCCUGGCCCCAGAUCAGAACCCUGGAUCAGGAGCCGUCGCUCUUCCUUCCUGAGUCACAACCAGGACCAAACCAUGAGGGACAGAGACUCCACCACCACACAGAACACAACCAGUGGACAGGUGGACUGAACAACCUCAGUCCUGGUGGUCAUCAGAGAGACAGAGGCUCCGAUCAGGGAUCCAGUCUGCAGCCCAGACUCUUCUCUUCACAGUAUCAGUGCAGGGAUGGAGCAGGGCCUGGGGCUGAUAGAGAGAGACCAUCCUGUUCCUAUGAUACAAACACCACAGUAUCCAUGAUGAACAGAGCAGCUCUCCCUGGGCUUCAGUCUUCACAGACAGUGGUGGGUGAACCCCCUGGGGGUAUUCUAACAGGAAGUCUGUCUUCUUUAGGGUCUCGUCAAAUGCCUUGCGACUGGGUUCAUGGAAGGCCUGUGCCUGGACCUGAGUCUAGCCUUCCUCAGCUACUUCAGGGUUACCCCAUCAAUACGGACAGGUUCAGGAUGGGCGUUCACAAGACGUACCUAGCCUAUAACACAGCACACAAUGCCAACAACACCCAAACAAUGGCUAGAUUUCAAGGAAGGAGCUCAAAGACUAACCACCUGAGGGUGGUGGCUCCUGCCUCUGCCACCUGUGGUGUCAUUGGGUCACAACGUGGGAGGCCGAGUGUUAAGACGGACGCAGACAAGCCAUACGCCUGCCCCACUUGUGGGAAGCGAUUUACUGAGGCGAACUAUGUGAAGAAGCACCAGACAGUUCACACCAAGGAGAGGCCCUUCAAGUGCAAAGUAUGUUACAGGAGCUUCUCCUUCCUGAGUAGCCUUAUCAGACAUAGGAGUGUCCACAAUGGGGAGAAAUCGUAGCAGUGUGGCUUGAGAUUUACACAGAGGACAUCUCGGAACCAUUCUGUAGCUGACAUACAAGGCAUUCGUAAAGUAUGCAGUCCCCUUGACUUUUUCCACAUUUUAUUACAUAACAACAUUCUAAAAAUGGAUUAAAUAAAAAAAAUUCCCUCAUCAAUCUACACACAAUACCCCAUAAUGGCAAAGCAAAACAGUUUAGACAUUUAUGCUACUGUAUUAAAAAUAAAAAUAACUGUACAAUUUUACUUAAGUAUUCCGACCCUUUGCUAUGAGACUCGAAAUUCAGGUUAGGUGCAUCCUGAUUCCUUUUAUCAUGCUUGAGAUAUUUCUACAACUUGGAGUCCACUUGUAGUAAAUUCAAUUGAUUGGACAUGAUUUUGAAAGUCACACACCUGUCUAUAUAAGGUCCUACAGUUGACACUGCAUGUCAGAAAAAAAACCAAGCCAUGAGGUUGAAGGAAUUGUCUGUAGAGCUCUGAGACAGGAUUGUGUCGAGGCAUAGAUCUGGGGAAGGGUAGCAUAAAAAUUCUGCAGCAUUGAAGGUCCCCGAAAACUCAUUGGCCUCCAUCAUUCUUGAUUGGGAGAAGUUUGGAAUCGACAAGACACUUCCUUGGGCUGGCCAAACUGAACAAUCGGCGGAGAAGGGCCUCGGUCAGGGAGGUGACCAAGAAACCCAAUGGUCAUUCUGACAGAGCUCCAGAGUUUGUCUGUGGAGAUGGGAGAACCUUCCAGAAGGACAACCAUCUCUAUAACGUUCCACUAAUCAGGCCUUUAUGGUAGUGGGCAGACAGAAGCCACUCCUCAGUAAAAGGCACGACAGCCCGCUUGGAGUUUUCCAAACGGCACCUAAAAGACUCAGACCACAAUUCUCUGGUAUGAUGAAACCAAGAUUUAACUCUUUGGCCUGAAUGCCAAGAGUCACGUCUGGAGGAAACCUGGCACCAACCCUACGGUGAAGCAUGGUGGUGGCAGCAUCAUGCUGUGGGGGUGUUUUUCCAGCAGCAGGGACUGAGAGACUAGUCAGGAUUGAGGGAAAGAUGAACGGAGCAAAGUACAGAGAGAUCCUUGAUGAAAACCUGCUCCAGAUCGCUCAGGACCUCCGACUGGGGCGAAGGUUCACCUUCCAACAGGACAACAACCCUAAGCACACAGCCAAGACAACGCAAGAGUCUCUGCAUAUCCUUGAGUGGCCCAGCCAGAGUCCGGACUUGAACCUGAUCUAAUAUCUUUGGAGAGACCAGAAAAUAGCUGUGCAGCGACGCUCCCCAUCCAACCUGACAGAGCUUGAGCAGAUCUGCAGAAAAUAAAUGGGGGAAAACUUCCCAAAUACAUGUGUGCCAAGCUUGUAGUGUCAUACUUGAGGCUGUAGACUUGAGGCUGUAAUCACUGCCAAAGGUGUGUCAACAAAGUACUGAGUAAAUGGUCUGAAUACUUAUGUAAAUGUGAUGUUUGAGUUUUUAUUUGUUAUAAAUGUGCAAACAUUUUUACAUGAUGGGUUAUGUUGUGUAAAUUUGAGGGGUGAAAACAAUUGAAUCAUUUUAAGAAUAAAGCUAUAAUGUAACAAAA